AUUUUGUUUGGGAUCUUGAGGCUUGAGGCACGGCCCUGCCUAUAACUCCUAUAAGCUGUUAACCAUACGAACAGUGGAUUGUCUCGGUUGAGUUAGUGCAAUUCAAAAUCCCAAUGCAUUUUCUAAUUUCUUAUAGAUCUUGGAGUUCUUGACUGUGAUUCUACUACAUUACAGUAAUCCAGAGAUUACAUUAACCCCACCACCCAAAUCGUUCAUCUCUUCUUCAGAUCCACUGAACCGACUGAGAACUAUGAAACCCUCAGAAAGCAAGAAAGACUUUAUCUAUGUGAGUUUCCCAGACAGCUGAAGCAAAUCCUAGUUUUUUUUAGCUGCAAUGGAGUUUACAGAAGCAUAUAAACAGUCUGGGCCUUGCGCCUUCUCUCCAAAUGCUCGUUUUCUGGCCGUAGCCGUUGAUUAUCGCCUUGUCAUUCGGGAUGUGCUAUCUAUGAAGGUGGUGCAACUAUUUUCAUGCUUGGAUAAGAUCACAUACAUAGAUUGGGCUCUUGAUUCGCAAUAUAUCCUUUGUGGUCUUUACAAGAAACCAUUGAUUCAAGCUUGGUCACUGUCACAACCUGAAUGGACAUGUAAAAUAGAUGAGGGUCCAGCUGGCAUUUCCUAUGCUAGGUGGAGCCCGGACAGUCGGCACAUAUUAACAACAUCUGAAUUCCAACUACGGUUAACUGUCUGGUCACUACUUAACACUGCAUGCAUACAUGUACAAUGGCCAAAGCAUGGAUCUAAGGGAGUAUCCUUCACCAAGGAUGGAAAGUUUGCUGCAAUUUGCACAAGACGUGAUUGUAAGGACUACGUCAAUCUGUUGUCUUGUCAAACUUGGGAGAUAAUGGGCGUUUUUGCUGUAGACACAUUGGAUUUGGCUGAUAUACAGUGGUCUCCUGAUGAUAGUGCCAUAGUGAUAUGGGAUUCUCCUCUUGAAUAUAAGGUUUUAAUAUAUUCGCCAGAUGGGAGGUGUCUGGCUAAGUAUCAAGCAUAUGAGAGUGGUCUGGGUGUGAAAAGUGUUUCAUGGUCACCUUGCAGCCAAUAUUUAGCUGUUGGUAGUUAUGACCAAAUGUUAAGAGUUCUGAAUCACUUGACAUGGAAAGUAUUUGCAGAAUUUGUGCAUUUGUCAGUAGUCCGAGGUCCUUGCUGUGCUGCUGUUUUUAAGGAAGUAGACGAACCGUUGAACCUUGAUAUGUCAGAAUUGUCUCUGAGUGAUGAUUUUGCUCAUCACAAUAAUGAUGAAGCUCCUGAAAGACAGAUACAUGUCAGGUAUGAUAUCAUGGAGGUACCCAUUACUCUUCCUUCUCAGAAGCCUGCUGUAGAUAAACCAAACCCUAAACAGGGAAUCGGCCUAAUGUCAUGGAGCAAUGACAGCGAAUACAUAUGCACUCGCAAUGACAGCAUGCCAGCUGUCCUAUGGAUAUGGGAUGUACAUCGCCUCGAGCUUGCAACCAUCUUGAUACAAAAAGACCCCAUUCGGGCAGUGGCUUGGGACCCAUCUUCUACUCGCCUAGUUUUAUGUACAGGCAGCCCACAUUUGUACAUGUGGACACCCUCAGGUGCUUAUUGCAUAAAUGUCCCUUUGCCUCAAUUCUCUGUAAUGGAUCUGAAAUGGAAUUCAGAUGGGAGUUGCCUGUUUGUGAAGGAUAAGGAACAGUUUUGCUGUGCUGCUCUACCAAUACUACAAGAUUCUAGUGACUACAGCUCAGAAGAUGACUGAUUAACUUAUAUUAUUUCCGAAGAUUAAAACUUUCAUGGGGACUCGAUGAUUUCGGGGGGAGUGAUGUAUUUACUCAUACCAUUGUUUUGUAUAGUUAGACACUGAUGAAUCUGAUGUAUAAUUAAUUGUAUACUGAUCUGCUGAAAUUCCUCUAAUGGUACCAACACUUCAUUUUCUCAGGCCUUUUAUUUUCAGUGUAUUAUGUCUAUGUUUGUGACAUCAGUAAAUUACAAAGCGUAAUGAGGUUUUAAUCC